UGCUGUGCCCUGACAUAGUGGCUUAAUGUCUGACACACAUUACCUGGAAAAACGUCACCUAAGAAAUACCGGGAAACCGUUGUUGCUCAUCCAGUAGGGAGAAAGAGACACGCCCUGAGAGGGAGAGAACGAUUAUCUCAUUCAGAUCAGACACACGACUUCCUGAGGGGGGAAAGCAACAGCAGCAAAUACUGUGAGUACUGCAACUUUAAAUUGCUAUCCCAUCUGUGAUUCUAAGAAGGAAAAACGAGAGACUGGGAUCUUCCGGGAACUUUCUGGAGGAGUAAGAUUAGCCACGAAUGACUGCUGUCGCAUUGUGCUUUCUGCCUGGUGUGUUUUCAGCUUCAGUGAGAUAAUGGCUUUCCAGUCUGAGGAGGAUCUCUCCUGUACUGUCUGCUUGGAUAUUUUUAAAGAUCCUGUUGUCCUCUCCUGUAGCCACAGCUUCUGUAAAAGCUGUCUGCAGACAUGGUGGGGUGAUAAAACAGUACAUGAGUGCCCUCUUUGUAAAAGGAAAUCAUCGAGGAGUGACCCACCUCGAAACCUGGCAUUAGCAAAGGCGUGUAAGACAUUCCAAAUGGAGAGAGAUCAGAGGGUUUCUGCGGUGUCAGAGGCUCUCUGUUGCCUGCACUCAGAAAAAUUCAAACUCUUUUGUCUGGACCAUCAGCUGCCGGUGUGUCUUAUCUGCAGAGACUCAAAAAUGCAUACCAACCACAGGUUUAGACCCAUCCAAGAAUUUGCACAGGAGCAAAAAAAGGGGCUCCAGAAAUUCCUGAAGCCUUUACAUGAGAAACUAAAAGUAUUUGAACAAAUUAAAGAAAAGUGUGAUAAAACAGCAGAACACAUUAAGGUCCAGGCUCGCCACACAGAGAGACAGAUUAAAGAGCAUUUCAAGAGGAUGCACCAGUUUCUACAAGAGGAAGAGGAGGCCAGGAUCACUGCACUGAGGGAGGAAGAGGAGCAGAAGUUUAAGACAAUACAGGAGAAGAUUGAAGGUCUGAUCAGAGAGAUAGCAGCUCUUUCAGAAACGAUUAGAGCCACUGAGGAGGAGCUAAAAGCCGAAGACGUCUCAUUCCUGCAGAACUACAAUGAUGCAGUGGAGUUAGUCCAACAGCAGCCUCUACUGGAUGAUCCAGAGCUGGCCACAGGAGCUUUGAUAGAUGUGGCUAAACACCUGGGCAACCUGACCUUCAACAUCUGGAACAAAAUGAAGAAAAUGGUCUCCUACUCUCCUGUGAUUCUGGAUCCAAACACUGCCAACCCAGAAUUUAUCCUCUCUGAAGAUUUGACAAGUGUAAGUCACGGAGAGCGACAGAAGCUUCCCGAAAACCCAGAGAGGACUGACUAUCAUCGUUCCGUCCGCGGCUGGGAGGGCUUUAACUCGGGGACCCACAGCUGGGAUGUUGAAGUGGGAGACAACACAGCCUGGUUUGUUGGAGUGGCAGCCGAAUCCAUCCAGAAAAGGGAGCGGGUAAAAUCAGGAUUCUGGCAAAUCGAGUUCUACAAUGGUAAAUACAGCACACGCAUACUGGGAGCCCCACCGUCUGCUCUCCGAGUAAAGAAGAAGCUGCAGAGGAUCAGAGUUCAUCUGGACUGGAACAGAGGAAAGCUGUCAUUCUUUGAUCCUGAUACUGGCUCACACUUACAGAGUUUCACACACUCUUGCACUGACAAGCUGUUUCCAUGCAUAGGUACUUUAAACGAAAUCCCACUGAAGAUAUUGCCAGACAAAAUUUCUGUAACAAGAGAUUAUCUCAGUUAAAGUUUGGUGUGUUUGAUAAGCAGAUGCAUUGUCCUUCCAUGCAUGGACUGACACCAAGGUAAUGUGUCAAAGUAUCACACACAUGACCCAGAACUUAAGGUUUCUCAGCAGAAAACUGCAACGAAAUGAGAAGAUUAAUGGUAUUCUCACCACCCGUAAGUGGUUUUAAUGUUACUAAUGUUUGCAUGCUGUAAAAUCUGUAGACUUCACCCCCCAGAAAUCAAGAAGUGGGAAAUGCUGCCUGAGUUUCAAUCAUGUUCAAAGUACUUAUUUACCUACUUAAGAAGGAUAAUAGCUGAUUUAUCCUACAGCAAUAAAUGAAUGGGGUGUAUUGCCAUCAACAAUUAUGUCAGGUUCGUUUUGAAUUAAUGCGGUGUAAACAGUGGUAUAUCUGAAAGCUAGUACAUCCAAUAACAGUAUUGAAAAGAAGAAAAACUCUGCGAAGCAAGAUAUGCUGGAAUUCAAAUGCAAGGCUAACAUUAUGCUAAUGUAGACAUAUGCACUUUUUCUUGUUUUUAUAACUCGGUUCUGAUCCUCUCUCUACAACCCACAUUUCAGAAAAAGUAACGGUUGCUUAAGGUUUGUCAUUUUCAAGUUAACAUUGUCAACUCAGUUUCUCUUGUGAUGUCGGGUGGCUGUAGCUCAGGAGGUAGUGCCGGUUAACUACUAUUUUCUAGGUUAGUGGUUCAAUCCCUGGUUAUUCCAAACUGUAUGGAUACUACCCAAGAAUGGGUAAAUGGGGCAAGUUGUAGAAAGUACUUUGGGUGCUUAGCUAGAAUAUAAAAGUUCUAUAUAAGGUCCAUGUUAGGGUGAUAGAGACACAUAGAUAUAAAGACAUCAUUUACUACAGCACGGUUUCAACAACAGUGUUAACAAUUAAGCUGAAAAAAGGCAAUAAUGUAGCAUACUGAAGUAAAACUACUCUACUUAAAGUUAAAUGUACUUUUUAUUACUUUAGUUCAGAUAAUUUUAUUAGAAUACACUUUUUUAAUGUGUGCCAUACACAAGUUGUUUGUACUUGUAGAAACUAUACAACAUGUUAAAACACCCAGAACUCACUGUUGUCUCAUCUGUGUGCCCCAUACACAGCACAAAUGUGUGUAUCAUUUAAUUAUGUGACAGACCUGUGUUUGGUUUUACAGAAAAGUCCAGGUGGACAACCAACUGAACCGAAAAGUGUCUGUAUAAAUUUUGUGCCACGUUCAGUCCGCUUAUUGGCUGUGUCUGAUGUGUCUGGGACAGAAGCAACAAACACAGGAUUAUGUGGUGUUCUGGGCCCUAUUUCAGGAAACAUGUUGAACAGUCUUUGAGCUGCUUCCUGGAAAAAGAGCCCUGGCCCGGUGGAUUACAUGUGAGGCCUCUGUUUAUUUUAUUGCUAGUUGGUACAGUCUGUGCAUUCUGCACAUCCAUACUGCUCUGCCACCUCCCAGAAUAUGAAGCAUACCACACUACAAGAGGAUGUUUAAUUCAGACUUACAGAGUAAACCUGGUAGUUCGAUUGGAUCAAUCAUAAACAACUCUCCUCCAAAUGGUCUUGGUGCAGUGAGAUUAUCAUGUUCACAUCUGCACAAACAAACAAAAGGGAAAACAAACCAGAGUUUUACUUAAACUAAAGGAGUUAAUUCAUUUCCCCAAAUGGUCACAUUCAAAACAUUGUGGAGGGCUGCACUAAUAAGCCUAUAGGAGAUCAAAUUAAUAAACUGAAAUAGAAAUCACAACACUGCUAAAUUAAAGAAUAACAUUUCAACAUAACUGGCUUGUUUUUACAUAUCAUACAUGUUCUGAAAAAUAGCUCAAUAUAACCAAGUCAGCUUGAAAAACUAGCAUGGGUUUGGCUUUAUACACUUAUAGAGUAAGUGCAUCGUUUCCUGCUUGUGUGGUGCUAUUUCAUAAAAUGACCACAUGGGGAGGCUGUAGACUUUUUCAUUUUCAUUUAAAGCCUUGAUUGUCACUGAGACUUUAUUGCAGUCAACUGACACUUAAAUAGGUACACCUUACUGAUACUUUGUUUUGUCCAUAUUAACGUGACAGCAUCAUGCAAAUUGCUCUCGGUUCUCCUUUGACCUCUGACAUUGACGAGGCAGUUUUACUCCUGCUCACUGGACAUUUUCUCUUUAUUUGGACCAUUCUCUGUAAAUAUCAGGGAUGGUUGUGUGGGAAAUUCCCAGCAUAUAUGCAGUUUCUGAAAUUAGCCUGCCUUAAAUCACCUUUGUUUCCUAUUUUGAUGCUUUUUUCAGUUCUCACAGAUGGGACAGACAUGGCUGGGGGAUAGGAAAGGGAGAAAGAAAGAAGAAGGAAAAGAAAAACAGAGGGGAAGAGGGACAGUGAGAAAGGACAUAAAUCUCCUGGAUCACCUGUUGAGAGAAAAAAAAGGAAAAAAGAGAAAACAAGCAAAAAAAGAGAGCGACAUAAUAAACACAAAACCAUCGCAUUAAUAGCUAACAGCAAAUAACAGUAAAUACUAAAUAUUGAAUGAUGUUGUGCAGCACGCAGCAUCGACUGCGCACAAUGUGCUUUGAAACAGCAGCCAAGAAAGGUGUAGUUUGUGUCUAUGAACAGUGUACACCUGUGUGGAUCAGCACACUUGUUUCUCCACGUAACGAUCUGCUAGAGGGUAUUCUGAUGCUUGACUUGAACUUCAGAAGGUAGUCUUGACCUGUGUCUACAUGAUAAAACGCUUACAUGUAUUGACUUGCUGUCAUGUGAUUGGCUGAUUUUAACUUUAACAAGAAAUGGGAAAAUGUACAGAAAAGUGAGUUUACAUGUGCGGCGUUUGAUUUGCACUUUUUGAAUGUUAUACAAUUGGAGGGUGUGUGUGAAAAAAAGUUUUUUUCAAAAUGCUUAAGAAUAAACAUUAAAAGUGU